UUCAAAGAGCAGAACGGUUUCGUUUGUCCCCGAUGUGAGCAGUACAACGGCUUCACCGAGGACGGUGGCUAUAACAAGGAUUUACCUGAACAACGAAUGGAAUAUAUGAAUAAAUAUAUAUCACCCACAAAAAAGAAGCGUUCGUUCUUGAACGGAAGUAUUCACGCUGCUGCAGGAAAUCAACCAACCGGUCUGCCGUCGAUUCUGUCCCACAACGGCCUUUGUCAUCAAUGUAACGCACAACAGAACCUCAUCCAAGCACUAAUCAACAAAUUCGAACCAAAAAAUGAAAAUGAGUAUUUGAAAUGUAUCUGCGGUAAGUGUCCAGGAUGGGUUGUUUAA